AGUGUCAGAGGGGACCGGCGAAAACCAUAGAAGAAGAAAAAGCAUCAGCGUUCUCAUCGUUGUGUUUGGUGUUUAAACUGAUACUAAAGUUGUCAAUGAUUGUUUUAAAAUAGUUGAAAGUGACUGAGAACGAAGAGAAGCUGCUGCUGCGAGUUUUACAAGAUGAAGCUCAACAUUGAUGGUCUGUUGGUGUAUUUUCCAUAUGAUUACAUAUAUCCUGAGCAGUACUCCUACAUGCUGGAGCUGAAGAGGACACUGGAUGCCAAGGGUCAUGGAGUCCUGGAGAUGCCGUCAGGAACAGGGAAGACCAUCUCGCUGCUGUCCCUCAUUGUUGCCUACCAGAAGGCCUUUCCUCUGGAAGUGACCAAGCUGAUAUACUGCUCCAGAACUGUUCCUGAGAUCGAGAAGGUCGUGGAGGAGCUGAGAAAGUUGAUGGAGUUUUAUUGCAAACAAACUGGAGAGAGCAACAACUUCCUCGCUCUGGCCCUUUCUUCCAGAAAAAACCUCUGCAUCCACCCAGAGGUGAGUUCUCUGCGCUUCGGUAAGGAGGUUGAUGGGAAGUGUCACAGUCUGACUGCAUCCUACAUUCGUGCACAACGCCACAGCGACCCAAACCUGCCUUCAUGUCGCUUCUAUGAGGAGUUUGACUCAGUCGGCCGACAGGUGCCUCUUCCUGCCGGGAUCUACAACCUCGAUGACCUGAAAGACUUUGGCAGGAGGAAAGGCUGGUGUCCAUAUUAUCUGGCACGAUACUCAAUCCUGCACGCCAACAUUGUGGUUUACAGCUAUCACUACCUGCUGGACCCCAAGAUAGCUGAUCUGGUGUCCAAAGAGCUGGCCAAGAAGUCUGUAGUGGUGUUUGAUGAGGCUCAUAAUAUAGACAAUGUGUGUAUCGACUCCAUGAGUGUGAACAUCACCAGACGAACACUCGACCGCUGCCAGAACAACGUGGACACACUUCAGAACACCAUAAGCAAGAUAAAGGAAACAGAUGCUGCUAAACUGAAGGAGGAGUACAGGCGACUGGUGGAGGGACUGAAGGAGGCCAAUGUUGCCAGGGAAACAGACGUCUACCUGGCAAAUCCUGUGUUACCAGAUGAAAUUCUCCGAGAGGCGGUCCCUGGUACCAUUCGCACUGCAGAGCACUUUGUUGGUUUCUUGAGACGUUUCAUGGAGUAUCUGAAGUCCCGUCUGAGGGUCCACCAUGUUGUACAGGAGAGCACGCCACAGUUCCUCAAAGACAUCUUCGAAAAAGUCUGCAUCGACCGCAAGCCUCUCAGGUUUUGUGCAGAGCGGUUACAGUCGUUACUGCGAACUCUGGAAAUAGCAGACAUCGCAGACUUCUCAGCUGUUACUCUCAUCGCUAACUUUGCUACGCUGGUCAGCACCUACAGCCAAGGUUUCACCAUCAUCAUUGAGCCUUUUGAAGACAGAACUCCAACCAUCGCCAACCCUGUGCUCCACUUCAGCUGUAUGGAUCCGUCUAUCGCCAUCAAACCUGUUUUCCAAAGGUUUCAGUCAGUCGUCAUCACCUCGGGGACUCUUUCUCCGCUGGACAUCUAUCCCAGGAUCCUCGACUUCCGCCCGGUUACCAUGGCGUCCUUCACCAUGACGCUGGCACGGACAUGCCUCUGUCCUCUGAUUGUCGGCAGAGGAAAUGAUCAGGUGGCUCUGAGCUCAAAGUUCGAGACCAGAGAAGACUUUGCUGUGAUUCGUAACUACGGCAACCUGCUCCUAGAAAUGUCUGCGAUCGUUCCCGAUGGCAUCGUGGCAUUUUUCACCAGCUACAUCUACAUGGAGAACAUAGUGGCGUCUUGGUAUGAACAGGGUAUCCUGGAGAAUAUCCAGAGAAACAAGCUGAUUUUCAUUGAGACUCCAGAUGCUGCAGAGACGAGCAUGGCCCUGGAGAAAUAUCAGGAGGCUUGUGAGAACGGGAGAGGAGCCAUCCUGCUGUCUGUGGCCAGGGGAAAGGUGUCCGAAGGAAUAGAUUUCGUGCAUCAUUUUGGCCGAGCUGUCAUCAUGUUUGGAGUGCCGUAUGUUUACACGCAGAGCCGCAUCCUAAAGGCUCGUCUGGAGUACCUGCGGGAUCACUUUCAGAUCAGAGAGAACGACUUCCUGACGUUUGAUGCCAUGCGUCACGCGGCUCAGUGUGUGGGCAGAGCCAUCAGAGGCAAGACCGACUACGGACUCAUGAUUUUUGCUGACAAGCGUUACGCCCGAGCAGACAAACGCGGGAAGCUUCCUCGCUGGAUUCAGGAGCACAUCAGCGACGGCAGUCUGAACCUCACCGUGGACGAGGCCAUCCAGCUCUCCAAGCACUUCCUUCGGCAGAUGGCUCAGCCUUUCAGACAGGAGGACCAGCUGGGUCUGUCUCUGUUGACUCUGGAGCAGCUGGAGUCGGAGGAGAUGCUGCAGAAAAUCGCCAAGAUUGCUCAUCAAACCUGAAAGUGACGUAUGCUGCGUGAUGUCAUCACUGCCGCUGGGUCAACAACCGUUACAGUGACAUCAUCACUGUGCGACAAUUAGAACUGGGUCAAAUAGUAGGUGACAUUUAUUUUGUUGUGAUUAACGGAAGUUUACCUGAUUAGGAAAGUUUAGACAUCACUGAAAAAAAACAAUUUAAUCAAAGGAGCCUUUCUUCUCCACCUAUCUGGUGAACAAAUAUGAAGAGUAUUUAAAUCACACGUUGACUCAGUUCUGGUGGUUACAGUAAUGAUUUCUGACUGGAUAAGUGCCGCUCUUUGUAUGAUGGAUCAAACGUCUGAGUACAAGCGUUCAUAAUUUCAGGUCACACACUGUCGCUGCUUUUAGUUCCAAUCAGCUUCAAACAUAUUCAGGAUUUCACUGAGACAGUUACAACAUCUUGUAUACUCAGUGUAUUCAGUGUUACAGAUAACAGAAAUAUCCACAACAGUAAUGAAACUUUACUUGACAUUAAAGUUUUAAAGAUGGAUGAGACAUUUCACAGUAUUUUCAAAGUGCUGUAGUUCGUGGCGAAACUAAGACAUUGUGAUUUUAGAAACUUGUUUUGAUAAGUAACAUGUUUUGUUAAACAGUCGUCAGCGGGUCAAUGUGUUGCAUUUAUUACAGAAAUGUUGUUCCAUCUGUGGGUGUAACAUGGGUCCAUAUAGUGUCUGUCAUACAGGCACAACUACUGUUGUUUCCUUUGCUACUGCAGCUGUAAAUAGUCACGUUUUGUACUGAACAUGAAUAUUUGUGUUUCCCGUUUUACACCCAGGAAGUUGGAAUAUAAAUGUUUGUAUUUAACUGUU